AUGGGAAACUAACAGCUUAUUAUGGGCAAGUACAUUGGGGAGUAAAAACCUGGUUAAACCAGAUACCUCAGAAACGCUCUCAUCCCCGAUGAUGCUUAGCUUAACGAAACUUUCUAAGGCAUGAAGACUGUCGCAGAAAUCUUUAAAUCAAAUGCUACCAAAUAUCCUAAUAAACCCUACACUGGCACAAGAAAGAGAACAAAAAAUGAGGAUGGGACAAUUGCUUAUGGUGACUAUGAAUGGAGAACAUUUUCAGAGGUGUAUCAAAGAACUUAGGCAAUCGCAAACUAUCUGCUACACCAUAACCUUUGCCCCAGAAUUCAGUCCGAUUAUGACGGAGAGUUCAAAUUCCUUGCACUCUACGCAAAGAAUAGAGAGGAAUGGCUUGAGACUGACUUUGCCUGCUCGCUAACAUCUAUAACGGUUGUCACCUUGUAUGAUACCCUAGGCAGAGAUUCAAUUCAAUAUAUUUUGAGUCAAACCAAGGUAUAGACAAUUGUAUUAUCAGCUGAUAAAAUCUAAGGUUUACUUGAGCUAAAGAAAUCUGGCUUACUCCAACACUUAACUCACUUGAUUAACAUUGAUGAAUAGACAGAAUAGCUAGCUCAUGAUGUAGCAGAGGCUGGCUUGACUCUUAUUCAAUAUGAUACUGUAAUUGAAGAGGGUCAGAAAUUCACUGAUGUCUAAUAUGAGGAGCCAAGUUAAAACACUAUAUAUACAGUAUGCUACACUUCUGGUACUACAGGAGCUCCUAAAGGAGCAAUGUUAAAUCAUAAAAGCUUAAUUGCUAAUGUUGACGGGUUGACAAAGUUCGAUGGCUAAUUUUCUUUAUUAGACACUGAUGUCUACAUAUCCUACCUUCCACUUGCGCAUAUCUUUGAAAGAUUUUAGAUGAUUGCCAGCAUGAGCUAUAGACUCUAAUAUGGCUUCUAUCAGGGUGACGUCUUCAAGCUAAGAGAAGAUCUUGCCGUACUAAAACCAACUGUAAUGAUCAGUGUUCCCAGACUUUUCAACAGAUUUUAUGACUUGAUGCAAGCCAGUUUAAAAGAUAUUACUGGAAUGAAAAGAACAUUAUGCGACUAUGCGAUCUCAGUAAAACUUUCAAAUUUGGAAAAGAGUGCUCAAUAUACUCAUGCUGUUUAUGACAGGAUUGUCUUCUAAAAAUUCAAGGACAUUCUAGGUGGUAGAGUAAGAUAGUUGAUUACAGGUUCAGCCCCAAUUUCAAAGGAUGUUUUAAAUUUCUUAAAGAUUGCCUUCUGUUGUCCAAUAGUUGAAGGCUACGGUUAAACUGAGUGCGCUGCACCAGCUUGCAUAACUUGGAUCAAAGACCCCUAGGCAGGCCAUGUAGGAGCUCCGUUCCCGGCCUGUGAUUUUAAACUUGUAGAUGUUCCAGAAAUGCAGUAUUUCUCGACUGAUGUUGACGAGAACGGAGUUAACUACCCUAGAGGUGAGGUGUGCUAUAAAGGUCCCAAUAAUUUCGUAGGUUACUUCAGCAAUCCACAGGCGAACAAGGAAACUUUUGAUGAAGAUGGAUGGGUUCACACUGGUGAUAUUGGAAUGUUCAGACCUAACGGUACAAUCCGAAUUAUAGACAGAAAGAAGAACAUAUUCAAACUAUCUCAGGGUGAGUAUGUAAUCCCAGAAAAGAUAGAGAAUAAAUUAGUUUAGAGUGCCUAUAUCUAGCAGAUAUUUGUAUAUGGAGACUCACUAUAGAACAAUUUGGUCGCAGUGAUCUACCCAGAUUAAUUAGUAGUCAAUAAAUGGGCUUAAUCCAAUAAUAUCACAGAUCCAAUUGCUGAAUUGGUGAGAAGACCAGACCUUAACAAACUAAUCCUAGAGGAUGUAAAGAGAAUUGCAAGAGAAUCACAACUCUUCGGAUUUGAGAUUCCCCUGAAGAUCUACUUGACAUCAACUGAGUUCAAGCCGGAAAACGACUUGCUUACUCCCACCUUCAAGCUUAAGAGAAACGAGGCCAAACAGUAUUUCUUCAAUGAGAUCAAGGCUAUGUAUGAUGGAGCUGUAUUACAAGGAGAAGAGAAAUGA